GAGGGAGGAGGCAGAUGGGGGCGGGUCCGGGGGGGCCCUCCCCGGGGCGGGGCCGAGGGCUUCCUCCUCCCCCGCUAUGCAGCGCCCAGGUCUAGCCGCAGCCUCCGCCGAGGAAACACAUGCAAAGCCUGGCAGCGGCCGGCGCACCUCUCCGCAGCCGUCACCCGAACACGGGGCGAAGGCUCUGCCGCCCUGCGCGAGCCACUUCGCCCGGGACGCCGCGUCGGGCACCCCCCGGCCCCGCACAGUCGAAAAGGUUUCGGCGGCUGGUGUCCCCGAGGCGGUGGCGGCGGCCCAGGAAGGAGCAGCAGCGCCUUGGAGCAGACUUCGUCCAAGGAUGGUCUCCCACUCAGAGCUGAGGAAACUUUUCUGUUCAGCCGAUGCCGUGUGCUUCGAUGUUGACAGCACAGUUAUUCGAGAAGAAGGAAUUGAUGAGCUGGCCAAGUUCUGUGGAGUUGAAGAUGCAGUGUCAGAAAUGACACGACGGGCCAUGGGGGGGUCUGUGCCUUUCAAGGCUGCCCUUACGGAGCGCCUAGCGCUGAUCCAGCCCUCUAGGGAACAGGUGCAAAGGCUCCUAGCAGAGCACCCCCCACAUCUGACCCCAGGCAUAAGGGAGCUUGUAAGUCGCCUGCAAGAGCGAAAUGUCCAGGUUUUCCUCAUUUCUGGCGGCUUCCGGAGCAUCGUGGAGCACGUGGCUUCCAAGCUCAACAUUCCGUUGACCAACGUGUUUGCCAACAGACUGAAAUUCUACUUUAAUGGUGAAUAUGCAGGUUUUGAUGAGAUGCAGCCGACAGCGGAAUCUGGUGGGAAAGGCAAAGUCAUCAAGCUCUUAAAGGAAAAGUUUCAUUUUAAGAAAAUAGUUAUGAUCGGAGAUGGAGCCACAGACAUGGAAGCCUGCCCUCCAGCUGAUGUCUUCAUUGGCUUUGGUGGCAACGUGAUCAGGCAACAAGUAAAGGACAAUGCUGAGUGGUACAUCACUGAUUUUGUCGAGCUGUUGGGAGCCCUGGAAGAGUAGUUUUAUCACUUUUUAUGCAGCUCAUAACAACUUCAGGUUAAUUUUUAAAAUUUCUACAGUUUGGUACUGUCUUCUUGCAAUUGCCUAUGACCAUGUAACGUGUACAUCUGAAACUGGUGAUCUGUAUUUCCAAGUACAACUACAGAGAAUGUGACUUUUUUAAAAAAUAUAUUUUAGUGCGAGGAUCAUGAUCAUUUAUUACCGUGGGAGUUUUAGAAUCUGAAUUCUUUAUGUCUUUUGCCUACUGUAGUUUAUUGGAAUCCUUUUACAGGUGGGCAGUAAAGGAAACAUCCUCAGGAUUGGAAAUAUAGAUUAAUCAGCUUUAAGUGAACAUUGGUUUUCCCUUUGAUAUAUGUAUAUAUAAAUAAAAAGUUUAUCCAUAUAUCAGAAA